AUGUAUGACGUUCUAGAGCGGAUUGGUAGGGGUUCGUUUGGUGAAGUUUUCAAGGGGAUCGACAAACGUACGAGGGAAGUUGUUGCCAUAAAACUGAUUUACUUGGAAGCUGCGGAAGAUGAAAUUGAGGACAUUCAACAAGAAAUUCUUGUGUUAUCUCAAUGCAAUAGCCCCCAGGUCACAAAAUAUCACGGAUCCUAUUUGAAAGACACUACUUUAUGGAUAAUCAUGGAAUAUCUCGGGGGUGGCUCCGCACUGGACCUCAUGAAGCCUGGACCUAUUCCUGAAGCAUACAUUCCUACAAUAAUGCGUGAAAUUCUCAAAGGUCUGGAUUAUCUACACGGUCAGAAUAAGAUUCAUCGUGAUAUCAAAGGUAAUGUAACAAUUGAACUUUGA